UACGGAAGAGAGAGGAUCGUUUCGUCUCAUAUUCCUGUUUAUAAAAUAAAUUUUUAACAAAUAAAUUUUUAUUCUCUAACAUUUUUGUUUUUUUCUCCAUUUUUUUAAUACAAGAAAAAAAGAAGAAGAGAAAGAUCAUAAGAUAGCAAUGAUCGUUAAAUUGGAUUAUAAGUGACAACAUUCUUCCCAAAGGAUUAAUCUUUUUUUUUUUAUUCAAGUGUUUGUGAAUUUGGAAAAAUUAAAUAUCGCGCGUGACAUAAAUAAUAAGUGUCUAUAAUAAAAGUGAGUGAAUUUUCGAAAGAGAAAAAUUUGCCGAAUGAUAAAUUUGGCUGAGUUUGUGUUUUCCUCUUUUUAAGAGGAAAAAUAUAUUUGAUUUUUAUUUCUUUUUUUUUUUUGGAAUCAUUGUUCGAGAAAAGAAGAGCGUCUCUCUUUCUCUCACUCGCACCUUGUGCUUCCACGCUCCGUCGGUCUUUUUCCCAGUUUGCCAAGUGUUAAGGUCUCUUUCUACCUUAUCGACCGUCAUCGUUCGUUGGCGUUGUUUCUCACUCUCAGCUUUUUUUUUCUGCUGUGGGGAAACAAAAAUUCUUCUCCAUGAGGUGCUAAUUUUGGAUUUAAUGUGAAUUUGGAUGGAAAAUUACGAUACAUAUCUCACUUAGUGGUGUGUUUUAUUCCAUUUCUGGGGGUUGUAUUUUCUAUUUGUUUUUUUCAAAGGGGGGGUUUUGUAAUUAGUGUUGUUGGUAAUAAACGUGUGAUUUUUUUUCUUUGAUGGUGAUUUAGUGAAUCGCGAUGAGGGUAUUUUUUGAAAAUCGCGUUGUGCACUGAUGCAACUUUUGGAUAUAACGGUGUUGCAAGAAAGAAUAAGACAAAGAUAAAGGACCCGUAGUGUUUUCUGCGGAUUUUUUUUGGAACACAGGAAAAUGUAUCCAAGCGCUGGUAUUAAUGCCGCCGCGGUGGCUGCUGCUGCAGCUGCUAGACAUCCGGUCCCUCCACAGCAUGGGCAACCGUUUAAAUUUUCAGUAACCGAGUCCUGUGAUCAAAUAAAGCAAGAAUUCAAUUUUCUUCAAACCCAAUAUCACAAUUUAAAAUUGGAGCUUGAAAAGCUGGUUCAAGAAAAGACGGAUCUACAGCGCCACUAUGUUAUGUAUUACGAGAUGGCGUACGGUCUCAAUGUGGAAAUGCACAAACACACUGAAAUUGCGAAGAGAUUGAACGCUAUCAUUGCUCAGAUUUUGCCUUAUCUCUCGCAAGAGCAUCAACAACAAGUGGCCACUGCAGUUGAAAGAGCAAAACAAGUGACGGUGUCAGAACUCAAUGCCAUUAUCGGGCAACAAAGGCCGGAAGUACCGAGAAUAUUCGCUCAACAGAUGCCACCGACAGCUGCAAUUGGUCCACAUCCAGGACUGGCAGGUCUUCCUGGCCUUGGUCCUGGAAUUCCAGUUCCAACUUCCGCCUCGGCAGCACUCCUUGGCCUAGGCAUUCCCGGCGGAGCAAAUCCCGGUGGAAAUUCCGCUCAUCCUUUAUCAAUAAUGCCAAAACCAGAUCUCCAUCGAGGACAAAAUGAGGACAUCAAACCUAAUGGAGGUCUGAAUCCAGCUGAAGAGAGGCAUAGAAACUCAAUAUCGCCAGUAGAUCGUGAAAAGUAUAGUAGACCAAGAAGUACACCAGAUUCCCAGCAUCAUGACCACAUUACGUUAAAAAAGAUGAAGAAAGAACAGGACAAGGACACAGGCCAUCAAAGCGAUGGUGAGAAGAGUGAUCAAGACCUGGUUGUUGAUGACGCAAGCGAAGGACCAAACAGUCCUGCCGCUAAUGGAACAUCAUCACCAAGGGAAAAUGGUCUUGACAAACAUGGUCCAUCUAAUGUUCCAAUGAACAAUCAAGUUAAAAAAGAAGUUCCACCUCCAUCACCUCGAAGUGGUACCAGCAGCAAUGCCAGUACACCAUCAGCCAAAAAAAUGGAAGAACGAGAAAAACCAUCGACACCAAUCUCAAAACCAGUCACACCAACAUCCGCAGAUAUGUUUUCAGGGGGAAGUAGUUCCGGUUCAGGUGGUAUGAAACCUUCGAGUUCGAGUAAACCAAUGGUGCCGGCAUCGCCAGUGGGUCCUUAUCCGUCACAUUAUCCACCACAACAUCAUCCACCCACAGGACCGCAUGUAGAUAUGCUGGGUUAUCCAGCGGGAGCUCUCAACGGAUUCCCUGCAAGGCCACCGCUUCAGCAACUCUAUGAUCCUCAUGGAGGAAUGAGAGCACCCCUCGGUCCACUAGGAGUGCCUGGUGGUAAACCAGCCUACAGCUUCCAUGUCUCGAGUGAAGGUCAAAUGCAACCCGUGCCUUUCCCACCUGAUGCGUUAAUCGGAGCCGGCAUUCCACGACACGCUCGUCAGAUCAACACCUUGACCCAUGGAGAGGUUGUAUGUGCAGUAACGAUCUCAAACCCGACAAAGUACGUCUACACAGGAGGUAAAGGCUGCGUCAAAGUCUGGGACAUUAGUCAAGGCGGCAGCAGUAGUGCAAAACCAGUUUCCCAGUUGGACUGUCUGCAACGGGACAAUUAUAUUAGAUCGGUGAAACUUUUGCCCGAUGGCAGGACACUUAUAGUUGGUGGUGAAGCGAGUAAUCUCAGUAUCUGGGAUUUGGCGAGUCCCACGCCAAGAAUUAAAGCCGAAUUGACAUCAUCAGCGCCUGCAUGUUACGCAUUGGCAAUAUCGCCCGACUCAAAGGUUUGCUUCAGUUGUUGCAGCGAUGGCAACAUUGCCGUUUGGGAUUUACAGAAUCAAACGCUUGUGAGACAAUUCCAAGGCCACACAGAUGGAGCAUCAUGCAUCGAUAUUUCAGCAUGUGGCUCGAAAUUGUGGACUGGUGGUUUGGAUAAUACUGUGAGGUCAUGGGAUUUACGUGAGGGUAGACAAUUGCAGCAACAUGACUUUACUUCGCAAAUAUUCUCUCUUGGCUAUUGUCCCUCUGGGGAAUGGCUGGCGGUGGGAAUGGAGAACUCGAAUGUUGAAGUACUUCACGCCACGAAACCUGACAAAUAUCAACUUCAUUUGCACGAGUCUUGCGUUCUAUCAUUGCGCUUUGCUUCCUGUGGCAAAUGGUUCGUGUCCACUGGAAAGGAUAAUCUACUUAACGCCUGGCGUACGCCUUAUGGGGCUUCGAUAUUCCAGUCGAAAGAAUCAUCAUCAGUGCUGAGCUGUGACAUCUCGACAGAUGACAAAUACAUUGUGACUGGAUCUGGUGACAAGAAAGCAACAGUCUAUGAAGUGAUAUACUAAUCUCAAUCGUCUUGUUAAUAUAAUUAUUUUUUGAAGUCUAAGCUUGUUAAGAUAUUUAUGGAAUUAGAAUGCGUCGUGUCAUAUACAAAAAAAUGGAAUAAAUGAAAAAAAGCGAUGAUAGAGAGAAUACGUUUGAUUCUGUGACGAAACUGAGAUUCCACAGUAUCUGUUAUUUGAAAUUUUGCUGAAAACUUAAUUUCAAAUUUUCUUUUAACGAGAUUUUCUCGUAUAUUUUUUUUUCUUUUUUUUACUGCAAGCUUCAGUUUUAUUUUUCAUUCUGUCAGCGCUGACGGAAUCAGGAUCAACCCGAAUUACGGACUGAAUUCUCAAUUAAGAGAAUGAAUUAGAAAAGCAGAGUUUAACAAUUGAAGUUAUAUUGAAAUUUUUCUAUAUAUAAUAUAAAUAUAUAUAUGGACAAAAGUGUAAGUAGGUGUAUAAGUUUGUAUAGAACCUAAAUAUAAGUAGAGAGCUGAAAGCGUUAAUAGAAAGUGAGAGAAAGAAAUAUGUAUGAAUUUUCUUGUAACAUAGAAUUUUAUUAUCUUUUAUGUAUGACUGCAAUGCAAUUUAACUCCGCGUGACAAUGGGAGGGAUAUUAUAUUAUAUAAAUUUUAAUGUUCCCACGUAAAAUGAAAAGACAAAAAAAAUUCUUCUCGAUCUGAAAAUAAAGAAAAAAAAAGAAUUUGUAUUAGAAUGAACGAAAGCUAAAUUAUUUGUAAAACGUAGGAAAAUGUAAAUGCGGAGAAUUAGCAGCGAGUCAUUUUAAUGCGUUUUUACGCGAUUUCUUAUACUGUAUGCAGGUGAUGAUGCGUUCACACACAAAAAAAAAUAAAAUGAAAUGAAAAAUAAAAAACAGAGCGUUCGACGAUUUACUAUUUCGCUGACUGACGUCGUUUGUGGUAGUGCUCUCGAUUAAGAAUUAUAAAGCGUAACGGUGCACUUACAGAGGCAAGCUCUUUGCGAGAUAUUUAACGAGAUAUUUUUGUGACUAUCGGUAAUAAUCUUGCGCUUACCUGGUGGAUAAGAAUCGAUUUUGUCGACCCCGAAAAAAAUUUGUAUCGACUUUAUAGUGAUUUUAGUCCGCUGUGCUAAGUAAGGAGCUUGAUAGGAAUCCACUCGUAAUUUCUCAGUAUAAGCUGGAGGCCUCUUUCAUAGGGUAUUAGAUAACGUGUUAUUAUUCAAAGCCAGCUAUGAGAGAACAGAUACAGACAAGGAUAUUUAUAUUUUGUUACAGGAUACACACACAUGUACAAUGUCAUUGACUGUGAUUAUUGCAAAAUUCGAUUUUUUCCCCCAUUUUUAAUUCAUUUUGGAAAAAAUUAAGGACAAAAAACAAAUGAACAGAAUUUUUUUUAAAAAUGUAUCGUUAAUAUUAAAAAAAUUUUAAACUAUAAAGGAAAAAUAGAUUUUUGAAUAAUCACAGUUUCGAUAUAAUAGACCAAUAGAAACAACGAUACCUCAAAUCUUCAAUAGUUAGUUAUCACUAACGAAAUAACUGUACAAAGCAAUAUUCUUUUACAGUAAACAAAAGAACAAAAUUUUAAUAAUUGGAUAAUUGUUUUAAUUUUACAAUAUUGCCUCCAUCAUUGGACUGUAUCUCCGAGCUCGCCUUUUACAUACCCUUUAUUUCGCAUGAGUCGAAAAAAAAUGUUACGUUUUUAUUUUGAAAAAAAGUAUCAUUUCCAAGCGCAGUUCAUGUUGUUCCUAGCUAUACAAAAAAAUUGUUUCUUUUGGCAAUUAAAUCAUAUAUAUAUAUAUGUAUAUAUUACAUAUAUAUAUUUACAAUUCAUAAUAAAA